UUCUUUCAUCACACCGGUGGAUGGUCUUGCUCUCGCGCUAAUCAUCACUAUAUCCUUGCAUCCGGUUUUUUAUUUCGAGCAGUGCAUCUUCAGCGGUAGUUCAACUUGCAGCCUGUGUGACUAGCACGAGCACCUUGCUUACGUGGUACAACAACGGGGAUUUACCUCUCGAGAUUCCUUCAAAUUUGGUCCCUGGCAUUUCUGCUCCCUGGGCAAGUAUUAUGAGGAUACUAUGGGCCACUGCGCUGGUACUUUUGCUCACCAUCUCAGCCACAGCCCUCAGCAUCCCGAUUGCUUUCCGAGAUGCAUCUCUCCUUGCAGAUUCGCACCUCCUGUCGGAUCUAGCCAAACGGCGUGGAGGCGGCGGGGGCGGCGGGGGAGGGCGUAGUGGUGGCGGCAGUGGUGGCCGGAGUGGUAGCGGUGGGAGUAACUCGAGGACCAGCUCAAGCAACGUCGGGGGCUCGUCCCGUGGCGGCUCUGGAACGCGGCCGGUGUAUGGGGGUGGCUAUUACUAUGCCGGCGGUGCCAGGACUCCCUAUACCUCCGGUGCACGAUCGCCUUCAGGUGUGACGCCUUACUAUUUGCCGGCGGCUGCGAUUCCCUUCUACUACCCGGGCAUCUGGGCGUAUGGGAUGUACGUUUACCCCUACAGCCAUGGCUACCACUAUGUCAAUGACACCACGCAUCAAAACGAGUCGAUACCCAUGGCCUGUACGUGCCAACAGUACCUGGAAUGUGGAUGUGACGAUAAUGACAACAGCACCUACUAUCAGUCGGUCUUCAACGGCAGUCAGCCCUUGAAUACGAGCAUGACCAGGGUGGUGGGCGUAAACGGCACUGCAACGAUCUAUAUCAAUGGAACCCUGCCCAACCGGAACGACUGCCGUCGAGUCCCCAUCGGCUGCCACCUGCUCCACGGCCCAAGGGUAUUGGGUGAUGGUUGCUGUGGUGGCUGCCACUGUCUGGAUGUAAGAAGGUGCGAGCUAGUAUUGCUAUUGCUAUGUAUUUGUAUAGAUCCGGUUCGAUGGGCUUGAGGGCGUCACAGGGGGUAACUGUACCCAUUGGCCAUGAUCAGCGUCAACUUGCUAUUUAUAAAAUUGGGCCUUGCUUUUGCGGUGAAGACCAGUACUGACCCGGCGAAAGAUAGAACUAAGAUUAGAAUGAUUUUGCUAGCCCCCACCUGUUGCAGAUUAAUGAACGGCAUCUCCACCCGCGGGC